UGCUCGAUAUAGAUUACACCAUGCUGAAUACAAAUCAAAAUAACAUGACUCCCCCAAACAGUGUUCCAUUCACAUACACACCUGCACCUUCGAUCCCUCCACCAUUCACCUACACUCCUGCUGGUGCUGGUGGAGAAAAUUCAUCUACAGUAACCUGUCCCAAUUGUCAAUCUCAUGUCAAAAUGCGUGCCAAGUAUCAUGCAACCAACAAAACCUAUGGUGUAACAGGAUUAUUUUGCCUCUUAUUGCUAUGGCCAUGUUUGUGUCUUCCCUUCUUCUUCCAGUGGGGCUACAAGUUCAGCAAGUUCUGUCCCAAUUGCAAAGCUCGAGUCGGAGGAUUAUAAACGGUACUCCUAACAAUCUGUGAAACCAAGCCAAUUUACAAUCCAAAAUCUCAUACUUCUCUCAGAUAAUCCA